AUGACCGAUUUGGAUGCUACGGAAAUGGACAACCAAGAGAUUGACGGAACCAGUAGUGUGGAGCUGGUGGAAAUAAAAGCAGGCAUCUCCAAGACAACAGCACCCCCCAUAAAUCUGCUGCCUCCAAUAUUUGAUGAUAUAGUACCUCUCCCACCACCACUCCGUCCAACGACAGUACUGGCACCAGCAAGCAUCCCUGGGGCUCAGUAUGUUUAUGGCGGCUUUUCGAGAGAUCCAAAUUCUUCUGUCAUCCAUCAUGGAGACUCUACCACAAAUAAUCUACAAAUACAGGAAAAUGUCAUUGAGGAAGCCUUUGUGGAAAACGAUGAUCAAGAAACUCACCUGCUGGAGAGUGACAGUACUGGUACAGAGCCAAGAAUUCCCAAUCAGAGAUCAAAGAAGUACUGGAGGCAAAGAUUACUUCAUGUACUUUCGUUAGAAGUCAAUGUCUUCCUGUUGGUGGUGAUGGUAAUACUCCUGAUAUUUUUGGCAGUGUCUAUUAAUACUGGAGGACACACCAGCAGCAACUCCAGUCAACCAACUGGCAUUGACAUGGCUCCAAGCAAUCCACAAUUGGCAACAAUGGCACCAACAACCUUUUUGGAAUCACUCAAUCUACCAGACUAUACCCUAUCAAAUAUGGAACGAGCACAGUCUCCUCAGUCCAAGGCAUAUCAAUGGCUGAUCCAAAACGUCAACAAUAAAACUUCCACUCUUCAGGAUCUUCCUCUUUGGAGACUGACACAAAGGUUUGCUCUGGCCACAUUCUACUAUUCUACAAGAGGAGACCAUUGGGUGAAGAAGAAUGGCUGGCUUGAAUGGGAGAUGAAUGAAUGUGACUGGGAACAACUCCACAUUUUCCAAGAGAGCUCUCCAGAACUGAACUGCAAUGAUAAGGGAGAAAUCACAUCAUUGGCAUUUGAGAUGUCCAACAACCUGGAGGGAACAAUUCCUUUAGAGAUGUUGUUGCUUGGGAACAGACUCGAGUCUUUCUUGUUGUAUCGACAACUGGGAUUGACAGGGAGUAUCCCGACGGAGGUCGGACUGCUAAAAAAACUGACCGAGUUGACAUUGAGCAUAACAGGCAUUUCUGGCACACUUCCAACAGAGCUUGGCAGAUGUGAGAGUCUCCAGAGUCUUUAUAUUGUUCAGACAACACAAAUCAAUGGGCCUAUGCCUUCCCAGAUUGGGCUACUCAGCAAUCUAUUGGAGCUGAGUUUGAUGGGUGCAGAUCUAACUGGUCCAGUGCCUGGCGAGGUGUACCAAUUGCCAGGCCUAAAUAGUUUUUCAAUACAGGAGUGCCAUGGGCUUGACACUGAAACUAUCCUUCAAGAAGCAAUCAGCAAGGCACUACCACUGCAAACGCUGGUCCUGUCCACCCAAAGUUUGGGGACCAAGAUGCCAAUUCCAUCUGAAAUUGGCACUCUGAGAGAACUAGGGUACCUAGGUUUGGUUGACUGGAAAAUAGAUGGCACUGUACCGAAAGAGCUAGGGUGCUUGUCUGAGUUACUUUCUCUGGAUUUGCAUGACAACUCAAUCUCUGGAACUAUGCCAUUGGCCUUAUUUGAGUUGACCAAUCUGGUCAAUCUGAAUCUUGGCUUCAACCAGUUGCAGGGCACACUACCACCUGUUCUCUUUUCCAAACUUUCCCACUUGCAGUUCAUUUACAUCAAUGAUAACAUGUUCUCGGGAACUAUUCCUACAGAAGUGGGUCAACUGUCUGGUGCCAGGAAACUAGAAUUACAGAACACCAACCUUUCCGGCACCCUCCCUACAGAAAUACUCAUGCUGGAAAACUUGAACAGCUUGGUUCUCAAAAAUACGUCCCUGUCAGGCAGCAUCCCUGAAGAACUGUGUAACAAGUUGUACCAGCAGGAAGUCAAAUGCUAUGGCGAUCUAUGUAAACGCUUGCCAGUGAAAACCAACACAACAGUCUGUCAUGGAACUUCCUUGUGUGGCUGUGAUUGUGGCCCUUGCCAGAAUUGA